AGAAAUGGUGAGCAGCCAACCUCUUCCUAUCUCGGACAAUGGUAAAAGGAAAAAGAAAAAAAGGACCAGAGCUUCAGAUCAUUUCCCAGGAAGGUUUGAAGAUUUAUACAAACUUACUGCAGAGUUGCUUGGUGAAGGGUCCUAUGCCAAAGUUCAGGGAGCUGUUAGCUUGCAAAAUGGAAAGGAGUAUGCAGUUAAGAUAAUUGAAAAAAGUGCUGGGCAUAGCCGGAGUCGGGUGUUUCGGGAAGUGGAAACAUUGUAUCAGUGUCAAGGUAACAAGAACAUUUUGGAAUUAAUAGAAUUUUUUGAAGACGAUGGAAGGUACUACCUUGUCUUUGAAAAACUGCUUGGAGGCUCUAUCCUGGCCCAUAUACAAAAGCAAAAGCACUUUAAUGAGAGAGAAGCCAGCAGGGUAGUGAAAGACAUUGCCUGUGCUCUGGAUUUCCUCCACACAAAAGGCAUUGCUCAUCGAGAUCUGAAGCCAGAAAACAUACUGUGUGAAUCUCCUGAUAAGGUGUCACCAGUAAAAAUUUGUGACUUUGACCUUGGGAGUGGAGUGAAACUCAACAGUGCGUGUACUCCAAUAACUACACCUGAAUUGACUACUCCAUGUGGUUCUGCAGAGUACAUGGCCCCUGAAGUAGUUGAAGUAUUCACAGAUGAAGCCACGUUCUAUGACAAGCGCUGCGAUCUGUGGAGCUUGGGUGUGAUUUUGUACAUCAUGUUAAGUGGCUAUCCUCCUUUUGUGGGGAAUUGUGGCACAGACUGUGGCUGGGACAGAGGAGAAGUCUGCAAAAUUUGCCAGAACAAGCUCUUUGAGAGUAUCCAAGAAGGCAAGUAUGAGUUUCCUGACAAGGAUUGGUCUCAUAUCUCCAGUGAUGCCAAAGAUCUGAUCUCCAAGUUGCUAGUUCGUGAUGCCAAAGAGAGGCUUAGCGCUGCUCAGGUCCUGCAGCAUCCAUGGGUGCAAGGGAAUGCUUCUGAAAGAGGACUGCCUACACCACAAGUUCUUCAAAGGAACAGCAGCACAAAAGAGCUGACUCUCUUUGCAGCUGAGGCUAUUGCUCUAAACCGCCAGCUGUCCCAGCAUGAGAAUCAUCUCAGCGAAGAGGAAGAAAGUAUCGCUCAGGCCAUAUGCUCCAUGAAGCUUUCUCCCCCCUCGAAGUCCCGCCUUGCCAAACGCAGAGCUAUGAGUCAGGCCACAAAGAACAGUGAAUUCCAACCAGACACCCCUGCUGCCCUUUGAUGCUAAUUUUCUAGUUGUCAGCACUGGUU